GUUAUGUUACAAAAACUUAUAACGUCCAAGAUGAAAAAAUACCAUGUAAGCUAGUUAGCAGCGAUUUUUUUACGCAUGUGCAUAAAUAACACACAGCUGGUGUCCUGGGAUACAAAAAAGUUGUGUUAUUAUAGGCCGACCAAGACUGAUCUGUUUCCAUUCAAGACUUCACUCAAAAUGCUUUAAAAGUGACCUAGUUCUCAAACUCAUAGAGCAACAUGGGUGGUACUGUCUUGUUUCUGUCCUCGACGGUUUCUGUGCUGGGUGGAUUGGUAUUCGGUUAUGAACUGGGUAUCAUCUCAGGGGCUCUGCUUCAACUGCAAAAGGAAUUCCACCUCAGCUGUUUCCAACAGGAAGCUGCUGUGAGUGCCCUUCUCUUUGGAGCUCUUUCAGCCUCUCUGAUUGGUGGAGUCCUUAUUGACAGUUAUGACCGGAGGAAUUCCAUACUGUUCAGUAACCUGCUGGUACUGGGAGGCAGCUUGACGCUUGUAUUUUCCGGCUCUCUUGUUUCCUUGGUGGUUGGGCGGAUCACUGUUGGCUUUGCCAUGUCCAUUUCCUCCAUGUCCUGCUGUAUUUUUGUCUCGGAGAUGGUAAACUCCCAGCGCAGAGGGAUGCUGGUGUCUCUGUAUGAAGCUGGGGUCACAGUUGGCAUUCUCACAGCUUAUUCCCUGAAUUACGUUUUUGCUGACACCAAAGGCGGGUGGAAAUACAUGUUUGGAUUGGCCAUCGUGCCUUCUUUAAUUCAGUUCAUCUGUAUUCUCUUCCUUCCCCCCAGUUCUGUGACCCCCAAAAGUGUUAAAGUGGAUGAACCCGCCCACAGUAGACUUAUGCAAUUAACCGGAGUGGAAGAGUCGGAGGACCCUGUAACAUUGGUGGACACUGGGGAACAAUACAGCUUCUUGGAUCUCUUUCAGACUAAAGAUAACAUGAGGACCAGGACACUAAUUGGGUUGGGUCUUGUACUUUUUCAGCAGUUUACUGGCCAACCCAACGUGCUUUUCUAUGCUUCAACUAUCUUUCAUUCAGUGGGUUUUCAAAGCACUGCCUCAGCAGUUUUGGCCUCCGUUGGGCUCGGAAUUGUCAAGGUUGUGGCCACGUUGGUUGCCAUGAGCUGUGCAGACAGGGUUGGCCGGAGAGCGCUCCUGAUUGGCGGAUGCAUUGUGAUGUCGGUGUCGGUGACUACUAUUGGCCUUUUAAGCCAACAUGCUUUACUUCAUGUCAAGAAGACCUGCGAUACUGCUGAUCAUUUUAAAAGCAAUCUUUCUUCAAAGACUUCUCUUAGUGACCCCACAAGUUUAAAUAGUUCUUUUUAUCCCACUGUGAAUCUGAGCAUUAACAGCUUUAAAUGGGUGAGCAGUGGUGAGAAUAUCAGUGCUUUGAGUUUGGGGUCUCCAGAUGGCUCACAGCCUCAUGCUAUGUCUCCGGUUGCCCUUCUGGAAGCUCAGGUGGAGCCUGUAACUCCGAAGCUUGGCAUUGCUGGAGCUCAUGGGGUAUUAAACUGGAUCACCUUGUUAAGCAUGAUGGCAUUUGUAAGUGCUUAUUCGGUUGGCUUUGGACCAAUGACCUGGUUAGUACUGAGUGAGAUAUUCCCUGCUGGACUAAGAGGGAGAGCAUUUGCAUUCACCAACUGUUUCAACUGGGCAGCCAAUUUGAUUGUCACGUUAACUUUCCUGGAUGUAAUUGAUACAUUGAGUCUGUCUUGGACGUUCCUGUUGUAUGGAGCGAUCGCAGUAGCUGCUGUUGUGUUCAUUUACCUCUUGCUUCCUGAAACCAAAGGAAAGUCACUUGAGGAAAUAGACAAAGAGCUUUCUGGAAGAAGGUUGUAUCAAAGAGGAAUCUGUUGGAAGUGUUUUAGCAGGAAAGUAAUUUCUUCAGCAGGAUAUCAACGAGUUGAACUGACAUACUCAAUGGAGUAGAAGCCACAAGCUGGCUUUGGCUGAUUUUUACUCUGAGGUGAUGAAUAGAUACACAGUAUGGUCCUGUAGCUGUGAUCAGCAACUCACACACAGAGGAUUGAGACCAGCCUUACAUUUCUCAAAGGGCAGUGUUUUCACAAGAGAGCCCCCUACAUAACUGUUUUUGAUGUCUGUAUGUUUUGAAAUCUUUAAUAGUUCAUAAUAUGGUUUGGUUAGAAAUAAACUAUUCUGCAACAGUAA